AUGAAGAAUCUCGCGAUCUCGAUUCUUGGCGGCGCGUUGCGAAACGGAUGGCGAAACCCUACCGGCACCAUCACAAGGAGCAACUCGACCAUUUUUGGACUAUCGUCAGGCUUCGGGAAAUGCGGUGUGUCGGUGAUACGGGUGUCAGGUGAUGUCGCGCAGGAAAUCCUGACACGUAAAACGCGUUUGAAAUGCCUCCCUGCUCCGCGGAAAGCGCUGCUGACCAAAAUUUAUCACGGUCGGACGAAUGAAAUGAUCGAUCGCGGUCUGUUGCUGUGGUUUCCCGGUCCGAAUAGUUUCACCGGGGAAGAUACGAUUGAAUUCCACGUGCACGGAGGCACGGCAAUCCUUUCCGCCAUGUACGACAGUUUGGCCGCCUUUGGUGAUACUCGGAUUGCGGAACCGGGAGAAUUCACAAAACGUGCUUUUCAUGCCGGCAAGAUGGACUUGACGGAGGUCGAGGGUUUGGCUGACUUAAUCCACGCGGAAACGGAAGCGCAAAGAAGACAAGCUUUGCGACAGGCGAACGGGCAGCUGGCAACAUUCUAUAACGGUUUGCGAUCUCGUUUAGUGAAAGUCAUCGCUGGCGUUGAAGCUUACAUUGAUUUUGCUGAGGAUCAAGACGUGGAUGACGGUGUCCUUGACGGAAGUGUGGUUGACGUUCAAUCUAUUAUCGGCGUGCUGGAGAUGCACCUUAAUGACAAUCGUCGCGGCGAACGACUCCGCCACGGCGUCCGGAUGGUCAUCGUAGGGGCACCGAAUGUGGGCAAAAGUAGUUUGAUCAAUCUGCUCAGUCAGCGCAAUGUGUCGAUAGUGACGAACAUUGCCGGAACCACGAGGGACAUUGUCGAGUCACACUAUGAUAUCGGAGGAUAUCCGGUGAUACUGGCCGAUACGGCUGGAUUGCGCACCAACCCGCAAGAUGUUGUCGAAAGUGAAGGUAUUGCACGGGCAAAGGCGUACUGCGAAGGUGCAGACUUCAUCGUGCUGGUUCUUGAUGCUUCGUGCGUCAGAAACCCCGACCAGUUGGAUUCGCACGCACGCGAGUAUGUAGAGUCGAUCGGAUUGAACGACGAACUGUUGACGAACGCACUGUUUGUCUUCAACAAAUGUGACUUAGUUAGCGACGGAAUGCUUGAAGCACUUAAAAGACACGGCAAGUUUACACUUCUGUCGUGUGAAAAUCAAUUCGGAUUACCAGAACUGCUCACUGGAAUGAAGACCCAUUUGGAGCGACUUUGCGGUGCUCCGUCGGUGGAAAGCCCUACAAUCACCCAAGAGCGGCAUCGGUUCCAUUUGAGAAAGUGCCAAGUAUGCUUGGAGCGGUAUCGUGACUAUUUUUCUGAAACACCCGAAGCUGUCCGAGAUUUGGCCAUCGCCACGCAUCAUCUGCGUAAUGCCGUCCGUUGCAUCGGAAAAAUAACCGGCUCGGUGGAGACGGAAGAAAUACUAGAUGUUAUAUUUAGCACGUUUUGCAUUGGCAAGUAAC